AUGCCUUCUGAUAAAUUCAACUCGCGUUCAAGAUUCAACAAAAGUACCAGACGUAAUAGACGUUUCGUACGUACUUCUCAAUCGGUUGCACGCGUGAACACAUUACCAGUAAGACCACCAUCACCGCCAACCGCGGAAGAACAAAUGUUACAUGAAGGGUUUCCCUUUAAAUCGUGUCAAGCGUCUCAUGAUUCAGUUGAAAUGUAUGCUGGUGAAAUUAAUUUAAUCUUUAUUCGGGAUAGUCAAAAUGCACAACAUUGCUUAUAUGUUUUCAAGUUGAUGCUCUUAGAAAAAUUGACCACUUUCGUAUUUUACGUUUUACCAUAA